AUAAAGAUAGAAGAACGCGAUAGCGUUGGUAGCGUGCUUUCUGAACGCACCCAAAAUCUUUAAAUGGGAUACAAAUUGUUCUGGCAUUGUUAACAAUUUUAAGACAAUUUUAAGGAUUAUUACCUUAUGUUGUAGUUGUAUUUUUUUAAUUUAUACGGUGAAUAUCCAGAAUUGUGCAAGUUACUUUAAAAGUAUGUGAAAAUUUCAAAGCUGAAAUCAGUACAUCAACAUGACAGUCAAGGAGAAAUUAAAAGAAUACAGACGCAAGAAGUAUAAGGAGGAGAUAACAGAGUCGAUUAAAGUCACUAUAGGAAACGUCUUACCAUGGAAUCGCAAUUGUGAAACAGAGAAAUUAGUCGAAGAAUCAACAAAACAAGAGGAGGUUCAGCUGUGCGAGAAACCACAGGAUAUACAAGAAAAUGAUCAGGAUACUUGGUUAGAAAAUAACGUACAGAAAUCUAAAAGUACAGUUAUUACUACAGUAAUUUAUAUAUUAUACUUCAUGUUAUGGGUUAUACUGUAUGUUAUCGCAAUAGAGUAUGAAUUUGGUGCUGUUUAUUUUAUAUUGUCAACUUUGAUAUUUAUUUGGUUGAAUACUAGAUCUGAACCAAAACAACAAGGUGAACCCAGUGCCUACUCUGUUUUUAAUCCAAAUUGUGAAGCUAUAGAAGGAACACUUGACGCAUCACAAUUUGAGAGAGAAAUAAGAUACGGUAUAGGAAGUACUCAAUAAAUUAAGACAAAUUGAUAAAGUUUGUAAAUAAGCUUGGUAUUAAAUUGAUGCAUUUUAAAUUAUUUAAAUCUAAAAAUAUAAUUAACUUCUUUGGGUUGACGAUUUAAGCAUAUGGUGUAUGCAAAUUGCAAUUAUAGCUUUGCGAUUUCAAAGAAUAAAUAAAUGGUGGUGAUGUUGUUUGAGUAUAAAUGUAGAUUAUGUUUAAUACAAUUAAUUCACAACUAUAUUUAUAACAAUUUUUCUUUAAUAUUUAAUUUAAACCAAGUGUUAUACAUCUUUUAAUUACAAUCUAAAUGAGGGAAUCUGGCAGUUCUAAAGAGACAUGCCAUGUGAUAAAUAUGUUAAACUAUUUUGAAAGUUAUAAUAGUUAUACUGUGAUAUACUUUGUAUACAUAUCAUACUAAGAAUUAUAUUAAAGUAUGAAAUAAUGUGUGUGUAUGCUGGUCGCGCGUGUAUAUAUGCGUUGUGUGUGUGUAUUUCAUAUUUAAAUAAUGGACAGAAAUAAUUUAUACAUAUUUAUACAUAUAUUUUCCAUGGAUAAUAAUAAUUGCUUAAAUUAAAGUAGAAAUUGCCAAAACACUUUUAUGUUUUUAUGAGAUACGAACAAUCUAAGGUAUAAUAAACUUGUUUUGAAUUGAA